AUGCACGGGAGCGCUAGGUGUGCAGUGUGCCAGUGGAGGAAGGCGGACGAGUGUCCGGCGGACUGCCAUUUCCGGCCCCACUUCCCCGCGGGCUCGCAGGCUUUUGAGAAGAUCAAACGAGUCUACGGCGGCAAUUUCGUGGAAAUCACGUAUGGCGCUCUGCCCUUCCCUGAGCAGCAGGCAAGGCUUGCCUUCCGGGCAUUGGAAUUCGAGGCCGAUGCUAGGAUCGAGAACCCUGUGAUGGGUUCCUUGGGAACCGUGACCGUGCUCCAGGAGCAAGUCAGGCGCCUUCAGGAGCAGCUGGCGUCCGUUGAGCAGAAGCUGGCGUUGUUUCAGCAGCGGCUGCAUCCCAAUAACAAUCAUUAA